UUCCACGUUCCUCCUUUCCACCAUCAUAUUGGAUUAUAGAAUAAGAGAGAACCCAGAGAGCAAUUAUUUUUUUGUUGAAAAAUCCAGAAAGCAAAGUCCCAACUUUUUGAAUAUUCCCAAAAUUCAGAGCCAUUGACUUCAUGGUCCAACCCCAUUUGGGCAUUUGGACCCUCCUCUCUAUACUUCUCUCAACACCUGAAGAAGCUCUCAGAAGUGAGAGAAGAAGAGGAAAAAAGAAAUGGUGUACCCGAAGGUGAAGGUCAGGCAACAAGAAGACCAAGAUGAUCGUCGUGCCGUCAUUGAUUUUUGUUUCCCAGAGAAGGAGCACCAAGAUGUUUCUCCCCCCACUAUUGCAAGAAUUCCAAAAUCUUAUGUCCCAAGUGUAGUGAUGCCAUCAAUAUCUGUAGCUGAAGGAGAAAUGAAGGACAGUAAAAUGGAAGAGCUGAGUAAACAAAAUAUUAGAGCCAGCUCAAUCCCAAGGCCUCGUGCUGUCUUAUCAAGUCCUGAAAAUGAUACAGUGAUCGGAAAUAAAAACAGGAUCAAAGCAGAACGACCAUCAGCUUUGAAGAAUCAUAACUUGGUUAAGAAACCUACACAAUGUGUUCCACGCCAUAUUACUGAAAAUUCUACAAAAACCAAAAAGUCCAAGGAUGAGAACUCUCUUAAAGAAAGGAAAGGGUCAGAGAUAACACUUCCAAGCCAGAGACGACCCCCUAGAAAUGGAAAACCAAGCUCUGCGGGAAAUCGAGUGUCUUUUAGUUGCCAUUAGUUUGGCACUCUUACUUGAAUGAAUUACUCUGAUACAUAAUAGAUCUUCCUGUUUGUUCAUGAAACAGCAUGAGAUUUUUUGUAACCAGGGAUGUAACUAUUAGAUCAGUGCUCAUAAUCGAGUGAACUACUGUUUCUAAA